AUGGUACACUCCGGAAGGAAAACAAGCGGCAGCGCUCUCCCAAGAGCUAUGCAAUCCCAAAGUGGUAAAGGACGCCGCAAUGGCAAAACAGUUUCAGCCACUAAUGAAGAAAAUAGUACCCAUGAGAAGAGUACACCAGGAUCGUUCUUCACUAAGAGAACCGCUAUGCUCUUCUUUGUUGCUGCUUAUAUUUUUCUAAAGCAUCAGGAUGAUUUUGCAAGACAAAACGCUGCUGCGACAUUACAAGAGGAAGUACACGAAGUUGAAUACCCUGAGGAAGAGUUUGAAGACGAAGAAGCUAUUGAAGGGGAAGAAGAAGAAAAAGAAGAAAGCUAUAAAGAUGACCAAGAUUAUCAAAUACCAGUACAACAGAAUAUGCCAAUAAGAAUACCAAAGGACGAAUUAGUCGAUGAAAGUAUUCCUGUUUUCGACAUACAAUACAAAGACCUUUUGAAGGUAAAGGUAGAAGGAGGAAAUGCAGUGUAUCCACUGAAACCCGAAGAUUUAUCAACGGAAGUUUCCAAAUUCACAGAUUGGAACGGAUUCAAGCAAAGCUUAGAACACGAUUGGGAAAAAUUAAAAGUUAAAUUAUACGAUUCAAGAAAACAGGUAAUGCGAGAAAAAAAUGAUAAAUGGGCAGGCUCAAUUCGCUUAAUUGAAAAUAAAUGGUCAGAAUAUGGUAAACUUUUAACAGAAGGGCAGUAUGGAUCUUUCAGAAAAUAUUGGAGAAGCGAUGAAAAUUGGGAAGAAUGGUUCGAAAGAGAAGUAAAAUCCGAAAUUGAUUCAAAAUUGCAAAAAUGGUUGGACGACACUAAAUUUAAUUUAUUUCAAAUUCUUCUUAAAGAUGUAGAACAAUUUAAAGAGUUGAAAAUCAAAGGAUGGUUAGCCUACCAGUGGAAAAUGAACGAAAGGGAUACUGAUUAUAAAUCGUUUGGACUUAUGACUACGUCAAAAUUUUUAAAUUUGGCGCAGUCUCGAGGAUGGUACCAUGCCAAUCCUAAUAUAGAUAAACAAAGAAGAGAACUCAUGUUAUGGUUUUUCCAUAAAGAAAACGAAUAUUUAGGAUAUGAAUGGCAAAAGUGGGAUGAAUGGAAGAAUGAGAAAAUUCAGGCAGUUAAAUUAUUGUGUGAAAAAUUUUCUGGAGGAUGCCUUGACGAGAUAGAAUGGAAUGGAUUUGUUAAUCAAAUAGUAUUUUGA